UCAAAAUACACACACAUACAUGCUGAAGUCCAUUUGUUCCAACCCCUCCCCCAACAUCCUCUCAUACUUAUACAACACAAUAAUCGGUUUGGAGCUUGAACUCUCCUCCAUGCAGACACUGGGCUUCUCUUCUCUUCUCUUCUCCAGAGCAGGCUCAAAGUGUAAUUUUCCGCCAUAUCUUUUCACAGAUUCAAGGUUAAUCCAUGGGGAGCCUCCCAGGUGUUACCCUUCUGCUUCUGGUGGCGAGUGUUUCCCUCCUGCCGAGCCCCGGUGUUGACGCGGGGAAGAUCCUGGUGUUCCCGGUGGAUGGUAGCCACUGGGUCAACAUGAACCUGCUGAUCCAGAGCCUCCACGCCAGGGGCCAUGAAGUCACCGUGGUCCGCACCGCCACUAGCUGGUACGUCAAAGAAAGUGCACCACACUACCGCUCCAUCACCGUCACCUUACCGGAAGCCAUCGUCAUAGAGGAGGAGGACUUCUUUGUAACCUUCCUGGCCAAGAUGCUGGAGAUCCAGAAAGAAGGGGGGACUCUUUUGGGCUUUUUGAAGUUCUACUGGGAAAUGCUGCAUUCGCUGUCACUCAUUCACCAACAAGCCAGUCUGUUGGGGGUAAAAAUAUUAGAGAACAAGACUCUAAUGCAGAGUCUUCGUGACACUCAGUUUGACGUGGUUCUGCUGGACCCGGGGUUGCCUGUAGGUGUUCUGGUGGCUCACGAACUUAAGCUGCCAACUGUUUUUAACGUGAGAUGGAUCACCAGUGGAGAAGGCCAUUUUGUGGUGGCUCCAUCACCAACAUCCUACGUUCCAACUUCAGGAAACGCCGUGUCGGAUAACAUGAACUUUGGGCAACGGGUCAAGAACACGCUAUAUUAUUUAUUCAACACAAUCAUUGACAAGUUCUUAGUAUGCCCUCACUACGAUCGACUGGUCGAAAGGUACUUUGGUCCAGAUGUGAACUUUCUUCACCUUCUGCAGGGAACAGACAUUUGGCUCAUGAGAGUGGACUUUGUCUUUGAAUUCCCCAGACCCACCAUGCCAAACAUCGUGUACAUCGGUGGUUUUCAGUGUAAACCUUCUGAGCCUUUAUCAUCGGAGCUGGAGGACUUUGUUGAAAGUUCAGGAGAGCACGGAGUCGUCCUGAUGUCUCUCGGCACACUCGUCAAAGGCCUACCUGUAGAAAUCACUUCUGAAAUCGCCGCGGCCUUUGCUCAACUUCCUCAAAAAGUCAUAUGGAGGCACGUCGGGGAGCGCCCCAACAAUUUGGGCAACAACACCCUCCUGGUGAAAUGGAUGCCCCAAAACGACCUCUUGGGUCACCCAAAGGUUAAAGCCUUCGUGGCUCACGGGGGCACCAACGGGGUCUACGAGGCCAUCUACCACGGGGUGCCGAUUGUAGGCAUCCCCCUUCUGUUUGACCAGUUUGAGAACUGUUUGAGAUUAGAGGCUCGAGGAGCCGCUAAGGUGAUGGACACAAGCAAACUCACUCGUCAGAACUUCCUGGAAGCGUUACAAGAAGUUAUCCACAAUCCGUCCUACAGAAACAACAUGAAGCAUCUCUCUUCUCUGCACCGGGACCAACCGAUGCAUCCUCUGGAAACGGCCAUUUUCUGGAUUGAGUUUGUUAUAAGGCACAAAGGAGCCGCACAUUUACGCACUGAGUCUUACAAGAUGUCCUGGUACGCCUAUCAUUCUGUGGAUGUCGUAUGCUUUUUGAUAGCAAUCUUGUUGAUGCUGACGGCCAUUGUAGUUGGAUCGAUACGAUUCCUUUGCCUUCGAUUGUGCAGGAGAAGGAAAACCAAGAAGGAGUAGUACCUGACUCCUCACCUCAGAGUAGUGCACAUUUAAAUGAAUAAGUGAUCUUAAAUGAUAGGGCUGGUGUUAGUCUACACUCUUAGCUAAGGAUGUAAAAAUGCAUCAACUCGUGAUUUCAUACCAUUCCUGAUUUUAAAAGUCAUGUGAUAAUUUUCUCAGGAUUUUUUGAACAGAAUGAGUUGAAGUCAAAUGCCUGAAAUAUAUCACUGCAUUUAUCAGUCAAACAGGUGAAAUGUAAAGUAGAUUACACCCCAGGCUUU